GGCGCCGGACUCCUCUCUCUCCCGGAAGCGGAGCACCGAGUCCGAAAGCCUGGGGGUGAGACAUCGGCGGUGGCAGACACCGCAGAAGGAAAGAGCACUGAGGCUCUUGCAUUUGGGUGGAGUACCAUGGACGAAGCUGGCAGCUCUGCGAGCGGUGGGGGCUUCCGCCCGGGCGUGGACAGCCUGGACGAACCGCCCAACAGCCGCAUCUUCCUUGUGAUCAGCAAGUACACGCCUGAGUCGGUGCUGAGGGAGCGCUUCUCGCCUUUUGGCGACAUCCAGGACAUCUGGGUGGUGCGGGACAAGCACACUAAGGAGUCCAAGGGCAUUGCUUUCGUCAAGUUCGCCCGCAGCUCACAGGCCUGCAGGGCCAUGGAGGAGAUGCAUGGCCAGUGCCUCGGCCCCAACGACACCAAGCCCAUCAAGGUUUUCAUUGCACAGUCCCGAUCAUCUGGAAGUCACCGAGAUGUUGAAGAUGAAGAACUUACAAGAAUCUUUGUUAUGAUACCAAAGUCCUACACAGAAGAAGAUCUGCGGGAAAAAUUUAAGGUGUAUGGAGAUAUUGAAUAUUGCAGCAUAAUUAAGAAUAAAGUCACUGGAGAAAGUAAAGGUUUGGGCUACGUACGAUACUUAAAACCAUCACAAGCUGCCCAAGCAAUAGAAAACUGUGAUAGAAGUUUUAGAGCAAUCUUGGCUGAACCUAAAAAUAAAGCAUCUGAAUCCUCUGAACAAGAUUAUUAUAGUAAUAUGAGGCAAGAGGCUUUGGGACAUGAACCUAGAGUAAAUAUGUUUCCAUUUGGAGAGCAACAAUCUGAAUUUUCAAGUUUUGACAAGAAUGACAGCCGAGGCCAGGAAGCAAUCUCCAAACGCUUGUCAGUUGUAUCAAGAGUUCCUUUCACUGAAGAACAGCUUUUCAGCAUUUUUGAUAUAGUGCCAGGAUUGGAAUAUUGUGAAGUUCAACGAGAUCCUUAUUCAAAUUAUGGUCAUGGAGUGGUUCAGUAUUUUAAUGUAGCAUCAGCUAUUUAUGCAAAAUACAAAUUACAUGGAUUUCAGUACCCUCCUGGGAAUCGAAUAGGUGUUUCCUUCAUUGAUGAUGGAAGUAAUGCAACAGAUCUCCUUAGAAAAAUGGCAACACAGAUGGUAGCUGCACAGCUUGCAUCAAUGGUGUGGAAUAACCCAAGUCAGCAACAACUUAUGCAAUUUGGAGGAAGCUCUGGAUCACAGUUGCCUCAAAUCCAGACAGAUGUUGUACUUCCAUCAUGCAAAAAAAAAGCCCCUCCUGAAACUCCUGUGAAAGAAAGACUUUUUAUUGUGUUUAAUCCUCAUCCUUUACCUUUAGACGUAUUAGAAGAUAUAUUCUGUCGUUUUGGUAACCUGAUCGAAGUUUACCUUGUAUCAGGAAAAAAUGUGGGGUAUGCCAAGUAUGCCGAUAGAAUAAGUGCCAAUGAUGCCAUUGCCACUCUACAUGGAAAGAUUCUGAAUGGGGUGAGACUUAAAGUUAUGCUGGCAGAUUCGCCAAGAGAAGAGUCUAACAAGCGGCAAAGAACUUACUGAUUCUUGAGGUGAUGAUUUUCAUACUUGUGUUGUGUUCUUUCUACAGAACAAAGACUAAAUAAUGACAUAAUCCUCAGCUGACUGACUGAAAAUGUGACUGGACGCAUUCCCUGUGGACAGUUGACAGCUUUUUUUUCAUAUACCUGAUAGUCUGUGUACAGCAUUGUUUUGUCUGGGAAGCAGGGAUUGCUGACAUGUAUUUUUGAAUCCAUACAUUAAUGCUAAAAAGAAUAUAAUAGUUGUUCCUUAGAGCAAUAUGUUGUUACAUGUAGCAGAAAUAAAGUUUUCUUUGCUAACUAAA